GUUUGGUUUACCCUCUCCGUUCCACUGUGACACACGCUGAGCGCACUCAGCAGCUCUCGGCUCCCCAGUCUCUGGCUUGUCUUUUACCUGUCUGCACGAGAUCUCUCGCCAGGCAAUUCGUUCUCUUUCAUUUCCCCUACUGCGCACGGUCGCACGACAACCGCCUCGCGCCGCGCCGCUUCGUACCUCUCUUUCGCCUCUUCCUCACCACACCGCCUAUCUACCUACCUAUUUUCCACCCUAAUAUCCGCCACCGAUGACCACCAUUCCAGCUCCAUCCCGCCAAAUGGUUCGCGAGGAAUGGUCCGAUGCUGAUUUUGACCUGCGAGACGAUCAGCCUCUGCACACAGGAACCGAUAGAGACCCCGAAGACGAUGAGGAUUGGGAUGCUGAGAUGGAUCUCGGAAAGACUGGGCAACAGGCCCUACCAUCCGGGAUCACAUCUGCUCCCCCCUUGUCGCAGGCGUUUAUCAUUCGACCGUCUCAAAACUCUUCCGAGGGUGACGACGACGAAGAUGAAGGCGUCUCCACCAUCAAAGUCGCCAUCCUGACUAAACCCGCCGUCCCAAUCUCAGUUCCACAGUCUUCACAAUCCUUCGAUGAUGACUUCGAAGACGCAUUUUCCCUCCCUGCCGAUCUGACUCAGUUGUCUUUGGCGCCACUCUCUCUUAGCCACCGGAUCUCAAAAACCUCAUUGGAAUGGGGCGACAAGGACCAAACAUCGUCUUCACAGUCCUCGGAUGCCUACUCCUCUCUUGGUUUCGCUGAUGCAUCCCCCUCCUCAAACUCGACUUCCGUGUCUCUUCCAGUAACGGAAGACGACGACGACGACGACGACGAACUCGAGGGGCUUGUUAUUCCCUCGGGUAUUUUCGAGUCGGGCAAAGGCGCCCGUCAGCUGACCAAGCUUCUGGAGAUGAAGAAGCAUGCUGAGGUCCCUGAUCGCCCAGUCCGGCCAUCGCGAGCGCCGGAGGAAGAUUUCGAGUCUGGGCUAAUCAUCGAUGACGAUCACGAGCUUAGUCCCAGUCGGCUCUUGUCAGCUCAGCAGUCGAAACGUGUUUUGAACACACGAACCAGAAGCCUACCCACCCAACGCCAGCCGUCCUCUCUCCGCCCACCCUCACGCCUAAGGCAUGAUGGUGCGAAAUCGCCUACAUUCACGCGGCCGCCUCCUUCUAGAAACCAAACUAUAUCUCCCACCAGCGCAUCCUCCUUCUUGACAUCGAAAUCCGGUAAUCUCCGGGGUCAAAAAUCACAUUCCGGUUUUUCGAAGCCGGCAUCCCCACCUGCGAAUCCGCGAAAACUGACCCGGCAAGCCUCGCUCUCAUCGCUGAUGGAGGCCAGCAACCAAGCGUCAGGCUCCGGUUCUGCCUCUGCUGGGCCGUCACGCGCAGGCUAUGAGGAGCCCACCGCUGCUUCACGAGCCAAAUCAUACAAAAGCCGAGAAUUCAAAGUGCCGCCAACAAGACCUACCACUCCAUCAAACAAUCCAGCCGCGUUGCGGUUGACCAUGCCAACUGUCCUGCGCUCGAAAUCGCGUCCAACACUGUCCUCUGUGUUCAACGGACCACCCUCAGCAUCUGGCCCCCAAUCCCCCAUGUUCCGAUCUAUGUCCCCAGUCCCGCCACGGCCAUCGUCUGCCCACCUGCCGCCCCGACCGCCUUCCUCACAAUCAGCGACCCGACCCUCAGUUACACGUGUGCUGAAGCGGCCAAAGCGACAGCGCGUUUUUGGUGAUGGGACGGAGCUCGAUGGGUUCGACGAUCUGCCUACAGAUCGAGACCAGGAAAGCCGCUUCCGGGUGCAACCCAAAGGUUAUGGAAACCGGGUCCCAGGGGCAUCCUAUUCCCCUGCAAAACCCGAGAAAGGCACCAUCCGAAGAAAGAGGAGGGAAGGAUCCGACACCAUGCCUGAUAUCAAGCCUCAGGCCCCAUCGCCCAAGAAGAGAAAGCAGCCGGCUUCGCCAUUACCCGCGGCAAAGAAAAAGCCGACGCUGAUUCGAAAUUUGAGUGGUGUAGGAGCCUCGCGAGUUGUUGGCGACAUGAAGUGGAAUCCCCAGAGCAUGCGAUGGGAAGGAAACGAACAUGUCCUCCGUGACUUUGACGCCGCUGUGGGAUCCUCGACAAGGCCAGCUCUCAUCACACAUCUGACGGGCUCGUCCAUUGGAUCGCCAGUGGGUUCCUUUGCCAAUGGCGCCCGGAUUGUGGGUAACAUGAUGUUUGACCCGUCUCGCAUGUGCUGGGUUUCGACACUGCCUCCGGAAGAGGAGGAGCCCGACGUCUUUGCUGAUCUGGCCGAUGAUGAGGACGAUGGCGAUGCCUGGGAAGAGAAAGGCGCCACCAUCCGCGCCAGUGCUGCGCUCGGCACCGAUUCGCUUGCUUCGAGCACAAGCACGACGAUUGCCCCUUCUUCAGCUUCGUCCAGUCCAGCUCGCAGCGAGCAUUCAUUCCCGCGAUCCGGUCCGGCCUCCGAAUCCGAUAGCGAACGAGACCGGGGAUCUCGAGCUUCGAUGGUCGUUUGUGACGUGGAUGAGGCCUUCAUCGAACGAUGUCGAGCAGCCGAGGCUCGGCAUCGGCAAGAAAUGCGUGGCUGGAAUCUCAGCUCUACAUUAUCAACCCCCAACGAUGCGGAUCCUUUUGCAGGACAGCGCAUCGAUCGGCGCCAUCUUCACGAAAUCCGAGAACUCGCUACAAGAAAGUAUAGUUGAAGUCUAUUUUCUAUGUAUGUCAUCUCAUGCCCACUCAUGGUUUCCCUUACAUUCAUUUUGGUUUGUCUUUGUACAUACUCUCAUCUCGCAUUACAAUAUUGUAGGUUUGACUACUGCUGCGUUUUCGUUCGUGUAGGCCAUCAAUAUGUAGCUCUCUGCAAUCAACAACGGAAUUAUGCAUGAUUAGUCAGCAAGCAUCCAUGUCUCCUCUGACCGUCGCGUACGCGCUCAACCCACCUCAAACACUAGUGGUUCCCGUCUCCCUAUCCACAUCAAAGACCCAUACCUACGAGGUGGCAGGCACAGAGUACUACGCGUCCCUUCGCUCUGCUAUCGCGUGCGCUCGCGAAGAAAUCGGGGCGGAGCUCACUGCCUGGCGAGAUCUGGUCGGCAAAAGCGAGGAAUCUAAAGAGAGAUCGAAGAAGACCAGGAUAACUAAAGACGAGGAAGAGAUGGAAGACGAUGACGAGGAGGGCGUAUAGACAACCAUAGGCUCUUAUUGGAGUGUGUGUAAACUAAUCUAAUUGCUACGCGUCGCCUUGCCCCGAGGCCGUUCUUUG